UGUCGAAGGGCACGCUACUCUUUACGAUCUAGCGAGUAGUCCAUCCAAUAUGGAUGCUUUUAAACAUGACAACAUAAACAAAAUUAAAUCUCAAAGUCACAGACACGAUUCUUCUACAGCGGAUUGCAAAAAAUUUCAGAAUUAGAAAUAUCGAGCAACGACAGCAGCAGCAGGAGUUUCACAGGCAGCUACUCCAGAAACUGUCGCAAGUCGCUGCCGUAGAUCCACAACAGCAAGAUCAGAUCACCAUCGUGCCGCCGUGCAUCCGCCGCGAGAAACGAGCCACCGCCGACACAAAGGUGUCAAAACGGUCCGGCCGUCGUCAACAGGUUCCUUUGUCAUCGAAGACCGAGGCGGUGCUAGAGCGGCCGCGUCUCGUGAAGCAGGAUCGGCUGGCUGGAUCGGACUUCGAGGAACGUUCGUGCAGGUCAGGUGAGGCAUCUGAAGAAGAAACAGCGUCAUUAGCAUCGUCGACUGCCCCACGCACCUGGGGCGACCUCGGACCUAACGCCGAAACACAGAACACAAGGAUCGAGCCACAAGACGACAGCAAGUCCAGGUGCGCUGCGAGCAAGAUGGAGUCGGCGGAAGAUGCCGUCCUGCAGAUGGACGAGGACUUCGACAAGAUGCUGGUUGACAUGAAGCCACAUGUUCUCAAACUGCCACAAAAAGCUGAUCGGCAGAAGUGUGCUGUGUGGAUAAAGAAACUGUGCGAGCCCCCAUCUUCAGGCAUGACUGGCAGGAAAAAUCGGAAUAUGUAUGCAAAGUUAAUGCUGCACAUGCUAAAACGAGGCAACAUUCAAGGACCUUUUGACAGGAAGCCUGAAGGAGGACCAUUACAACCUUUGCCCUCGUAUAUGUCAGUUUAUUUUGAUGAUGGCCCUGAGAAGCACAAGGAUAUUGAGAAGUUGCCAGACUGGGUUGAAGGAGAACUUGCAGAAUCUACUGGCUCUUCCCUCUUUCGGCACAUGGAAGAUUUAGGCAACCCUGCAGCAACCUCCACCUGGGUAUCUCAUGCUGGCUCCUCCCUACAUGGUGCCCGCCAGAGGCCACAUACUAGUUUGGGCAUUAAUAUUGACAAAGACCCUGGUCUCUCCCCAGUCAGAGGGAACCGUCAUCAAUCCACUGGAUAUUCUGCUCACAUAGAGGCUGACAUGACACAACAGUUUGGAGUCUCCAACUCUACAGCAGGAGCUUCACUUGCCAAAGGUGUUUUUCUAGACGACACUACAUUUGCCAAGCCUCAAGACAAAGAGAUUGCUUUACGCACAAAGAUGAUAGAGGCCAGAUACCAUGAGGAAAAACUUAAACUGCAACAGAAACAUGAUGCAGCAGUGCAGAAGAUCCUUGACAGAAAAAACUCUGAAAUAGAGGACGUGAAAGGUCAUUAUCGCAACAAGAUCAAAGAACUUGAGGAAAUAAUUACCAAACUGGAAAGAAAAAUACAAACUUUGGUGAAGGAGACCACACUGGUUCGGGAAACAAAAGACAAGCAGAUUGGUGAGCUUAAGAAGAUGUUGGAAGACACAGCUGAGACACGCCGCAGUGAAUUUGAGAAAAAGCUGCAUGAUUUAGAAGCAGACUUUGAACAGCAAAAGUUUGAUCUGCAAAAGCUACACACACGCAACAUUCAAGAAAUCCUGGAUGAUACUAAUUCUCGUUUGCAGCGGAUGGAAACUGAAUACAGUCAGCAAGCUUCCUCCACUACUGCCAUCAUUAAAGAGCUUGAGGGGAGAGUACAACAGUUAACAGGCGAGGUAGAUCGUACUUUGUCUCAACGUUCUUUACUGGAAAAAGAAAAAGUAGAGUUACAGAGCACAGUGGAAAAACUCACUUGUGACCUUGAGAGGGCACAUGAGAGGAUGGGCCAGCUUGAUCGAGAACUCAAGAAACAGAUGGAGGCCAGUGAACAGGAGAUGCGAGGACUGCGUAACAAGACGGAGGCAAGCCUGGAAUUCCUGAAGCAGGAGCAAAACAUAGCAGCAUCCAAGGCUGUAGAUACCAUUACAGACCUAGAGCAGCAGGUGGAGUACCUGAAGAAAGCCUUGAAAGAUGCUGAAGAACACAGGCAGCGCCAAAUAAGGGAAACAGAACAAGUGCAUCAACAGGAUAAGCUUCACCUGGAAAAUCUCCAUGACAAGCAGGUGCGGAGCAUGAAAAAAGAAUUGGAACAACUGGAACAAGAAAUGCAGAGGAAGAUGACACGGCUGGAACAAUUACUGCAGGACAAGGAGGCUGAGGUACAGAAACAGAAGGAGAUUGGGCGAAGCCAGCUUCAGCAAGCAGAGAAAGCAUUGGAGGAGUUCAAACUGCAAGUUGAAAAGAACCAGACUCGCAUCUAUACUGAAACAAAGCAGCAGAUCGACCAAGUGCAGGCAGACUUGAAGAAGUCAAAGCAAAUGAGGGAGAAACAAACUCAGGACUUGACUCGACAGCUGGAGAGCAGAAACACAAAUAUGAGCAUGAGGUGAAAAUAGAAAAUAACAGAGCUGAAACUGAAUUUAGAGAAUGAAAAAGCCCAGAUGCUGCAUGAGAUGCAUAUGCAAAAAGAACAAGCAUCUUUGCAACAUGACCGUGAUGUGGAGGAAUUGCAUGACACUCAGAGGAGCGAGAUAAAGGCUCUUGAGCUCCGUUUCAGAGAGAGACAUGAGAAGGACAUCAAGGUGAAGAAGUCAGAUAUGCAUAUUUAUGAACUAAAAGAGGAGCUUGUUCAAGCCAACCAGCUUCGCAAGCAGCAGCUGGUGGAACUUGGCCUGCUGAGGGAAGAGGAGAAGCAGAAGAUGCAGCGUGACCAUGAAGUGGAGUUGGCACGGUGCAGAACAGAUGCAGAACAGCAACGUCUUGAGUUGCAGAAAAUGCACAGCAGUGAAACAGAACGACUUUUAGAAAAGACAAAUGAGAGGUUAAAAAGCAUUGAAAAAGAAUAUUCAGAAAGAGCAAAAAAAUCUGCAGAGACCAUGGCUGAACUGCAGGGAACUAUUAAACAACUCAGAGAUGAUAGUAAGAGGGUAAAAGAUGCUGCAGACUCAAAGGUUUCGGAAGUACGUAAUCAGCUAGAAGAGGAGAAGAUGAGUUUGAAGAAACAAUACUCCAGUAAUCUCACAAUGUUACAGCAUGAGCUGGAAUCCCAGAGAUCUCGAUGCCACAAUCUGGAGCGACAAAUGCAAAGGAUGGAGGCAGAACAAGAGGAAAAGAUCACACGAAUAAAAUUUGAACAUGAAGAAAAGUUGAAAGGACUUUUGCCAUCAGAGCUAAAGCAGGAACUGGAAGACAUUAUCAUGUCACUCAAGUCUCAGGUGAACUCAUUGCAGCAGCGAGCUGCCAUGCUGCAGGAGGAGCUUGACAUACGACUCAAAAACCCACUGGGAGUCUUUGGUUCUCGUACCAGCUCACCAAUCAAGUCAUCUGUAUAGGGCAUAUUUCUUGGGCAAGGCAAAUACACAGCGAUUGCAGUGACGUGUCUAGAUGUCUUGAGCCCUGUCAAGUUUUCUGGAAAAUACUAAAUGUCCAAGAAAGUGGAAAACAUGGUUAUUUACCAGCCACUGCUCCAUAUUUUGUUUUGGUGGUUUUUGAGACAUGUUGAUGUGCUCAGCUGCAUCAAGUUUUCUGUGAAAUACAGAAUUUCUAGAACAGAAGAAAACAUCAGUUGUUUGACUGUCACUGCUCAGUACUUUUUUUGGCAGUUCAUCAUGUCUUUGGCUUGUGGCGAGGUAGAACAGCAUUUUUCCUUCCAUCAGCUCUCUGGUAUCUUCCAGGACGGACUUUCUUGUGCUCUCAGGUACAAAGACUGACUCGAGGUUCUUAGUUGUUCAUUUUGGCAAAAUGCAGUUAUGUGAACAGUUUCAUGACAACAAAUAUUUAUUGACUUGUAAAUUUUACUUUGUGCCCAUAUGUAUUUUUUCCAAUGGCUUUUGAUAAAAAAAAUUCAAGACAUUUAAAUUAACUUUUAAUUCUUCCUAUACAGUUUGCACCUACAAGUGUAAAUGUUUACAUAGCUACAGCUCAAUUGCGUCACUUUUUCCUAUUGAAUGAGUUAACGCUUGAAAUGUGAAUAAUAAGGCAAAGGUAUAACUGAAGUGAUGAGCGAAAAGGGUACGUGUGUUUUAGAACUUGUUUAUUAAUCGUCCACUUUUUAUAAGGUAAAAAACACCAGUUUUAAAUUCAACACAGGUGACGUAAAGGGGUUGACAAGUUUAAUGCCAGUCUAAAGUAUUAGAAUUUAGGUUAUUUAAUGCUUGUGCCAGUUUCACUGGAAAGUUUGUGGGUGAAAGAGAAAUUCAGUGCAAAUGCAUCUGGACUCAUAAGAGUAAUUCACUAUGAAUACAGAUUGUGUAAAGAUAUCAAAAUGUGUUCCCAUGACUAUAAAGUGGAAAAUGGUCUUGUGAGGUAUGUGCAUGAUUACUUGACACAUUCUUGAUGGUUGUAGACAGAUUGUCUAUACGCUAUUUUUUAUGAAGAAUGAUAGGCAAACAUUUUUUUAAAAACAUGAUCAAAUAUAGUGCAAAAUUUUAAUGUUCAGUACCCAUGUAGAUGUUUUAAUGCAAAUAGCAAAGUAAACCUGUGACUGCUGACCCAGUCUAUUUUCCAGCAAAUUGAUCCUUACCCAAGAAAGAAAGUGCAACAACAUUUUUGGGAAAAGUUGUACAAGAAAAAGCUAUAUUUGGCUUAGAAUGAUUAAGGAAAAAGACUAGAAGAGAGCAUUGUAAAUAAUUAGUAAUAUUAGGAAACAGAACACACAAAGAAAAUCUAACCAUAUCACAGUUUAUUUAGUUAAAACUUGUUAUCCUAUAAAUAAAACAUUUAUAAAAAUUCUUUAUAUUUUCUUUACUCAUUACAACCCUACAAAAUACUUUUUUGUAAAAUUAAUCAAAACUUUUGGACCCAGAAAAUCUGUUAAAAUAAAUAAAACUAUGGGCUGAACUAUGUAUAAGUCUUUUCGAGUUACUGAUGCCUUAUAGUGUUAUACAUGAUGAUAAUGAUACGCAUUAGAGCGUCAUCCCUAAACCACAGGAACUCCAGCCACGAUUUCACAAACUCAUGCUUGGGAAAAAAAGUACAAAAUUUGUAGAUUUCAAUAGUUUCAACAUGCAAAGCUAAUGAACGAAGUAUGUUCUGUCUAAUUCUGCCCAUACUUUCCAUGUAUCAAUUUAAAGAAAAAUCUGUUCAUAUUAAAUAUGUAUGUGUUUGCUUCUUUGUCAUCAGUGGAACAUUUAAGGUGACAAACCUGUAUUUUGCAUCUGCUGCUAUACUUGGUUUUUAAUAAGACCACAGUAGGAUGUUAUGUCUGUGACUUCUUUACACAUCUGCAAUAUCUUACAAAAUGUGAAAAUGCAUAAAAGGAAGUUGCAUUCCCAAGUAUCCAAAAUUAUCCAAAUAUUUUUUUACCUCUUUCAUUACGCAUGUAUGAAACCUAUAAACUGAAAGCAUAAUACAUCAUUUUUAAAGAUGAUCGUGUGGAAAAUGGUUGUCUCCUCUUUGAGCAGUAUGUGUUGGAUGAGUGUAGUGUAGAAGACUUUUUUUUUUAAGAGAAAAGCUGACAGAUGUCUUUCCUACCAGCUUAUCUUCAGUCUCCGGUCCUGAGUUUCUGCCAGAUUACUUGACUCUUCAGCAACGUCAGUUUUGUGAAAUAUUAUUCUCAUUUUCUCUGAAAUGAGGGGUGUUAUUCUUGUGUUGCUAUUUGUAAUGCUGUCCAUCAGUCAGGGAGUAGUUGGCCAGGUGCACGUCCAAAGACCAGUGUGCAGCCGACGAGUGCUGUGAGAUCAUCAACAUCGUCGUGGCCAGCAGGAAACGCCAGGCUCUGUUGCAGCCCAUCCUUCCGUCAGCCAGUCAGGUGUGUGCAUGCGGUACAAACAAGAAGGACAGUCAUGUGUCUCCUACGAAGUUCUUAAUGGCUACUGCGGCUGUGCCCAGGGUCUGUCCUGCCGCACCGUGCGAGUCGAGCAGACAGGAGCGGAGAAGCGCGGUGCCUUGCCUCCAGGCUGGGUGGAGAAAUGUGUUAAAAACAAUUAGUAAUACACUUGGUUGAUGCCAGUUCUGUGCAACGGCAGAGAACAUGAGGCCUAUGUAAAAAUUCUUUCUUAUCAGCUAUGGAAAGAAUGGUGCUUUUGCAUACGAAACAAAA